AUGACGACGUGCCGUCUGCUGUGCGCCCUGCUGGUUCUCGUCCUGUGCUGCUGCCCGUCUGCAUGCGUUGCGCAGGAUCCUGAAAACGUUCAAGCUUCUGAUGUUACUUUAACCGCAACCGUUACACUGUCCCUUCCAUCAGAGGAAACGCUUGAGGCGGCCGGUGAGUCAGAGUCGCCAAAUCCGGGGUCCGAUACGGAAAGGGGAAAAGCUGUCUUAGUGGGAGAACAAAGUUUGGCACAUCCGGAACAGCAAUCAAAAGGCGCACUCAGUACGUUGCAGACAGAAGUUGCAAGCAGUACUACAGAGACACAAAGUCUCACGCACCCAUCCGCGGACAAAGCAGUAGAGAAAGCCGAAGAUCCCGCAAAGACGACCACAACCACAACACACGCACCAACUAAAACGACCACGACAACCACCAUUGCGCCAGAGCCACCAACCACGACGACUACAGAGGCGCCAACUACGACGACCACCCGCGCACCGUCACGUCUUCGCGAAGUGGACGGCAGCCUCAGCAGCUCUGCGUGGGUGUGUGCACCGCUGCUGCUAGCCGUAUGCGCGCUGGCGUACACCGCUGUGGGCUGA